AUGGAAAACCAAGGAGAAGUUCAAGAGGGGAUGAAAUUCGAUAUCCAACAACUGAAGGGACAAAUGAGCCAAAUCCUAGAGGCUCUGAAUGCAUUACAAAGACCUGGAGAUUCGCAAGCACCGCGACCGCAACCAAGAGCAUUAGAGGCCCAAACUUUCCCUCCUCAUGGUCUUCCUCCGAAUUACACUCCACCUUCAGGAGCGGACUUGAGACAUGUUAACACACAAAAGGUCGAAGAUAACGCAGUUGAAAUAGAAGACAAGCUUGGGGCAGACACUGCCAUAAUUCAUGGAGAGACAACCCAGUCAGGUAUGGCAAACGUGAUAAUGACAAAACCACCUGAGAUAGAGUCUUCACCUUACGGUGUUACACCAACAGAGUUUGAAAAACUGGAAAUGCUUGGGAAAAAGUUGAGAGCCAUAAAGGGCAAGCAUGUGUUUGAAUUUGGAGAUGCUAGAAAACUAUGCUUAGUUCCUGAUGUGGUGAUACCUCCAAAGUUCAAGUUGCCAGAGUUUGAGAAAUAUCGGGGAAAUACUUGCCCAAGGAACCACAUAACCAUGUACUGCAGAAAAAUGACAGCCUAUACUCAUGAUGAAAAAUUGUUGAUUCACUUAUUCCAGGAAAGUUUAACUGGCGUGGCUCUAAGUUGGUACAUGCGCUUAGAAACAGCGCACAUCUACACAUGGAAAGAUCUGGUUGACGCGUUCCUAAGGCAAUAUGAAUAUAAUGAAGAUAUCACACCUGACAGAGUACAACUGCAAAACAUGGUGAAGAAAGAGUCUGAAUCAUUCAGAGAAUAUGCCCAAAGGUGGAGAGAAAUUGCUGCCCAAGUAGAACCUCCUAGGAGUGACAAGGAGAUGACUACCAUAUUUCUGAAUACUCUACAACCACCAUUUUAUGAGCACAUGAUAAGCAGUGCCUCUUCGAGUUUUGCUGAUAUAGUAGUAAUUGGAGAAAGAGUCGAGGGUGGCAUAAGAAAUGGAAAAAUCACACUAGAUCCAAAUCUGGUGGCGAGUCUGAAUGAGUAUGGUCUAGGACAAGAGGAAAAGAGAAAACAAAAGGCUAAUUCACAUUUUACUGCCCGUUCCCAGAUGUCGCAUUCCUAUGGGUUUAACCGAGCCAUUGAGGAGAGAAAUUACAAUCGCAAUGAGAAGGUCGUCAAUUUCACUCCUAUCCCCAUGACCUAUACACAGUUGCUGCCAGAUCUUCUUCGCAAUAACCUCAUAGAGGUCUGUCCCACCAGACCUACACGACCUCCUUACCCAAAGAAGUAUGACAUAAAUGCCAGGUGUGAUUAUCAUGAAGGAGCGCGUGGACAUUCAACAGAGGCAUGCAAGGCUUUAAAGCAUAAAGUGCAAUCUUUGAUCGAUUUAGGAUGUUUAAAGUUUGAAGAAAGUCAACCCAGCACUAAGGCAAGGCGUGAGUUCGUCGCUGCAAAUGCCAUCGACAAUUGA